GCAGGCUGUGCAACAAAGCUACUUCUAGGCGUCGGGAUAACACGUACUGAUGUCCUACGGAUUGGUAACUUCAGGAGGAUCAAACCAAAUUCUGGUUGUGCAUUGCACUUGCUGAUUUCAAUUGUGGUUGUAUUUGUUUUUGUUGUUUCUCUAUUAUUUGAUUGUUUCUUUACUUGCUUAGCUUCAAGAUCCAGCUGACCUUCAGGGAUAACACUGCUGCUGCUCGCUUUAUUGUACUCGGCGGAUGUGGUCAUGCAUUGGUCAACACUUCAGCAUCGUACUUCGCACAAAGAUUUUCAUAUCAACCUAGCCAGCUGCCACCUCAGCUUCAUCAGCUCCGUGGCCAGUACGUUAAAUUCGAAUGCAACCUCCCACUCCAUGGCCCAUCCGGAUUUUUCUCUAGCGAGUUCCGCGUGACUCAGGUUAUUCCGGUGGCAAAUGAUGCAAUCAUUGCUGAUGGUCUCGACCUCAUCGAGGUAUGUUUUUAUGUCAUGCCAUUUCGAACACUGUUGCCAGAUCUUUUAUUUACCAGUGUGUUGUUGUUCUAAUUUCCAGGCUUUCCAGUGCUGCAAAGGGAAAGCAGAAAAUGGGAGAGCCCUCCUUGCUUGAUCCUUUGAAGCCACAGUUCUGCAUUGGCACCCAAGUUGAUCGUGCAGUAAGGUCAUAUACUCCGUUGUGCCCUCUCGGUUGUUUCCACUUUUUUCAUUGCAAGCAUGUGUUGUUUAACUAUGUGUGCAUUGCUUGGUGUUUGCUUAUUUUCCAAGGAAGUUCCUGGUGGUUUGUCUUUCAGUGUUCCCCUUUCUGCUGCUGGCCAGACUGUGCUUCAUGUGUUGCAUGGUUGCGUGAUGGUUAGUGGUGCUUUACCUGAGGGGACAGUCGAUGGUGACUUGGUUGUGCAUGCCGUGGAAAGUGUUGUUGACUCAGUGAGUCCUACAAAAACAUUGCAAAUCAAAGAGGGUGCGACAUUGGGGACGGGCAAGCUUGCAGCUCCUGCACUUGGUGGGCAGACUUUUGAGCAGAGUUCCAAGACUCCCACUUCCUUAUCAGGUCAUGACCUUGAGGCUCAUGUUCAUAGUGCAAAAGUUCUGAAACCAACAGCUGAGAGCUCUCCCGGAAACGUUGUUGCACCAAGUACUGCAGCUCUUUCACCAUUAUUGUUGGUCUCUCCAUUGGCAAAGGUGAAGGUCAAAAAGUUGGACGCAGCCGGGGUACAAGUCAGCCGAACACUGAAGCUCAGGUUUCUUUUCUUAUUGGGACCGAUACUGAUGCCCUUGAUCAUCAUGAAGACCCUGCUGCCAAGUGCAGUCUAUUCCAGAAGUGAAACACGUGUCAAGGAAGGUGACUCUUUUGUGCCACAAGAGGUGCCACUGAUGGAGCUUGGUUGGGUGGCUUUUUCAGUGGUCACUUCGUAGUAGGCAAGGAGUUGAUUUGUAAAGAACUCUAUUUGCAGUGUUGUCUUAGAUUAUGUAGUGAACUUAUUAGGUAUUUCGUUUAAUCCCAGUUGUGUGCCCAUGAAUGGUAUCAAAACUUGGCCGCCGGGUUUUCAAGGAGUUUGUUAGAACUUGGCAAGACUCCUCGCAGUUAGGCUUCAGAUCGUUAUUGUGUUUAGAUAGAAUUUUGUCCACGUUGUGUCAUUGCGGGUUGCUGGCAGGCUUGGUAUGAAUGUAAAUUCUUCCUUCAAUUUAGCUUUUGGCUCUAAAAUAUUAUAACUUGGAGAUUACUCUUGGUAGUGACAUCGUAAUUUGGAUGUUAGUUCUCAGAUGACCCUCAAUAUUUUAGCAAUUUUAUUUUGGGACCUCUUUGUCUGCAAAGAACUACAUUUGUUACUAUACAUAGAUGCCCGCGUGUGACAUUUUUUCAAUGGGCCAAGAUAUACAAACAAAUAAGGACACAACAAAUUUUCAAGUAAGAU